AUGGAUGAGUAUCUCAAUCAUCUUAUCUCUUCCUCAUCAUUGGUGGAUGGAGAUAUGAAGGAAAGAUCAUCUUGGGUCUGUAGUGAACCUAAUCAACCAAAUGUCUUCCUCCCUAGUUCUCUUGAAUUAUAUCAAGAUGACAAAAAAAAUUCACCUGGAAGCAUGAUUAGUUCAAAUCAAAGUGUGGAGUCCCUGGUCACUCAAGACACUUCAUCUGUAGUUCUUGGCAGUGAGUCAGAUUAUGCUGUUGACAAGGGCUUAAUUUCUGAAGAAGCUCCAUUGCAAAAUGAUGGCUUAAAUUGCAGUGGCAACCCCUCCCCAGAUGGAAUGGCGAGUGGCAACUUUAAGUUUGGAAAUAUGGGCCUGCAAUGUGACGCAAUUCUCCCUAGUCUUAAUUCUCUGAACUAUCCAAAGCACUUUCCAGUAGUUGGUGAUUUGACAUCAUAUCUCUCUUUUACUGAGGCAAGCAAUGCUGGAUGCAAUGGAAGAGAACAAUCUGAGUACCUGAGAUCCUAUAAAAAUCUGCAAAACUUGUCAUCCAUUCCACAAUUGUGGCCUUCACAAUCUUAUGAUGGUAUUUCUUCUCUGCCUCCUUUGAUGGGACAAGACAGAAUGGAAGGAUUUGGUCUUCAAGAAGGAAACUUGGAUGAUGAUAUGGAUAUUAUGGGGAAGAAAUAUGUAGGCAUGGAUAAAAUUCUACGACUUGAUAAGUUAUCUGCAUCACCCACCAAAGAGGGGAAAGAAGAUUUGCAAAGUUGUCCUUUCUCAUCUAUCGUAGCCGAGCCCAAUGUAAAAGUGGCAAUGAAUGGAUUAUCAUCUGUGCCUCAGACUACAUCAGCUGCUUCAGCAGGAGGCUGCAAUGGAACUGGAAAGCCUCGUGUAAGAGCACGGCGUGGCCAGGCAACUGACCCACACAGUAUAGCUGAAAGGCUCCGAAGAGAAAAAAUUGCUGAAAGGAUGAAGAAUCUGCAAGAACUUGUACCUAAUUCCAAUAAGGUUGACAAGGCGUCUAUGCUUGAUGAGAUCAUAGAGUAUGUCAAAUUUCUUCAGCUCCAAGUCAAGGUGCUCAGCAUGAGCAGGUUAGGGGCAGCCGGAGCAGUCAUUCCUCUCCUCACAGAUGGUCAACCUGAGGUCAUCGUCUGUCAUCUUCAGGGUCAUAAUAGUUUGUCGCUCUCACCAGCAGCUGCUCUAGGAAUUGAUAUUUCUCCAACCCCUGAUCAAAUUGCCUUUGAGCAAGAAGUGCUUAAGCUAAUGGAAUCCAAUGUGACCAUGGCCAUGCAAUAUCUUCAAAGCAAAGGUCUCUGCCUCAUGCCCAUUGCUCUUGCUGCUGCCAUAUCCAGUGGAAAGGCAUCGUUUUCAGGUACUACUUCUGAGGAGAGUAAGAAAUUUGGCCACACCAAUGAUCUUGUUAACAGCGGUGGCAGCAGCAACAGCAGUUUACCUGGCAUUGACACCCAUCUAAUGUUGUAUGAUAACAAUAUUCCAACCGGUACUCUUAGCAGUAAAGACAUCAUUGUCAAUGGUUGCAAUGAGGUUGUGAAGCAAGAAGAGCUGAAGAAUGCUUAA